AUGGCAACCAUUGAAGGAGAUAAGAAACAAGAAGGAAACAAGCCGGUGUCGACCGAAGACAAAAACGUGACAAAACCGUUACGGAAUCAAAGGGCGCUGAUUCGCGUCAUUGAAAAGACCAUGAAGGAAAUAGAAUCAACAUUUGAAGAACCACAACAAGAAGUGGCUUACAGGACAAGUCAGGCACAGCUGGAAAAUUAUCUCAGCAAGUUAGAACAAAACAAUGAUAUAAUAUGGAACUCCACCACUGCAGACACGCUAAAAUUGUUAAAUUCUAGUGAUGGUAUCUCAGAAAAUACAGUAACAUUGCAAUCAGUAAAAUUGCCACAAAUUACGCUUCCAAGUUUUGACGGAAACCCAUUAAUGUGGGUACAAUUUCGCGAUUUGUUUUUACAGCUCAUUGACGAGCAACCAUUUAAACCAAUGCAAAAAAUGUUUUAUUUAACCACCAAUUUAAUCGGUGAACCGAAAAAUCUAAUCAAACAUUUGCCAGCUUCAACAGAAAAUUAUGCCACAGCAUGGCAAAUUUUAAGAUCUCGAUACGACAAUAAACGUCUACUCAUUACAGCGUUACUCAACAAGUUGUUAAGCCAAUCGUCUUUAACUGCGGAAACUUCAUCAGGUUUGAAAUCGCUGCAUGAUGUCACUAAGGAGUGCAUUUUGGGCUUAAAGGCACAGGGUAUUCUAAUAGAAGAAUGGGAUGCAAUAUUGGUGCACCUCACUUUAAAGAAAUUAGAUAGAGGAACUCAAACAGCAUUUGAACAAUCUCUAAAGGAUAAUCGUUCACUCGUGUCGUUCGAAGAACUUCUACAGUUUAUUGAAAGCCGAUUUCUGUCACUGGAGGCUUUUGGCAGAGGAUUCAACGUAAAGGUCUUAAACACAUCGAGAGUAGUUGCUGCAACAAACGAAGGAUCAAAUUACGAAAAACUAUGUCCGGCAUGCAAGAAUGACCGUCACCCAUUGUACACGUGCAAGUCAUUCAUACAAGAACUUCCCACUAAAAGACUUCAGUUAGUUAAACAAAUGCGGUUGUGCAUUAAUUGUUUAAAGUUUGGCCAUUUUGCAAGAGAAUGCUCGUCAGACAAUUGUAAAAUAUGCAAUAAAAAACACAAUUCUCUUUUACAUCUGGAAGAUGCAACAUGCACUAACCCAAAUAAAAUAACAAAUUCGAGUAAGUCAAUAAGCCUGAUCUCCAAUUAUAACAAUUACAACAAGGGUUAUGUUGUAUUGGGAACAGCACGCGUAAUAAUACGAAGCAAUAAAGGCAUCAAGGUUGAAUGUAGAGCAUUAUUAGACUCCGGUUCACAAGUAAAUCUUGUAACGGAAAGACUCAUCAAAAAACUAGGAGAAAAUCCAAUGAAUGUAUCCGCAUGCAUCGAAGGUAUUGGACAAAGGAAACAAAAUGCUCAAAGGCGAGUAAAUUUGGGUUUUAGUUCCAAAAUCAAUGAAUAUGCCGCAAGAGUGGAAGCGUACGUGUUACCAAGUAUCGUGUCUGAUCAACCGAGCAUGCAGCUCGACAUUUCAAAUUGGGACAUACCGAGCAAUAUUAAGUUGGCUGAUCCUUGCUUUCACCAAAAGGGUAAUAUUGAUCUCUUACUGGGGGCAGAAUUUUCACAUGAACUGCUGUCGAUCGGACAGAUUAAAAUUGGCAAUAAUCUUCCAAUAUUGCAAAAUACGUUACUGGGCUGGAUUGUGAUAGGAAAAAUAACUGACAACAAUUUAGGUGUUCAGAUGCAAACAUGCGGCAUUUGCUCGGACGAUGAAGAACAAAUAGAAAAGGUGAUAGAGAAAUUUUGGCAACUCGAUGAAGCAUCACCUACAAACAAAAACGUAACUCAGCAAGAAAAGUUGUGCGAAUCGCAUUUUAUAAACAAUGUACAAAAAACCAACCAUGGUCGAUUUAUUGUGAGAUUACCGUUUCAACAAAAUCCAUCAAUUCUCGGAGAGUCUCAAAACACAGCGAUAAACCGAUUUUAUGCCCUAGAAAGAAGAUUAAGCAAAGAUGAAGCAGUCUGGAAGCAGUAUGUAGAAUUUAUGGAUGAGUACGAAAAGUUGGCCCACAUGAGCAAAAUUCAUAUCGAGGACAUCACAUCACAUUAUUUGAUCCCACAUCAUUGUGUAAUUCGACCUACCAGUAGUUCAACAAAAUUGAGAGUAGUGUUUGAUGCAUCGUGCAAGACCAACAACGGGUUAUCAUUAAAUGACAUAUUGUUAACAGGCCCAAAAAUUCAGAGUGAAUUGUUUUCCAUUUUACUUCGUUUCAGAUGCCCCAGAUUUGCAUUUUGCACAGAUAUUGAAAAGAUGUAUAGACAAAUCCUUAUACAUCCAAAUGAUAGAAAAUACCAAAUCAUUGCGUGGAGAAGAUCGCCUAACGACCCAUUGCAGUUUUACCAAUUAAAUACAGUAACUUAUGGCACAAGGUCAGCGCCAUAUCUGGCUACGAAGUGUUUGCAGCAACUAGCAAAAGACAAAUCAACUAAAUACCCGCUUGGAGCCUUGGCAAUUAUAAAUGAUUUUUAUGUGGACGAUUGUCUUAGUGGAUCAGAUAGUCUUGACACAGCUUUAGAAAUACAACGUCAACUUCACGAUUUAUUGGAAUCAGCUGGUUUCAAAUUGCGAAAAUGGUGUGCUAAUAAUCCUUUGCUGCUUCAAGACAUAGCAAAAGAGGACCAAGAGGUCGAUUUAGAUUUCAGCAAUGAAGACCAAGCAUCAGUCAAAACAUUAGGAUUAUCGUGGCAACCAAAGCGUGACAAAUUCAGCAUAAGGAUUGAUUUAACCCCAUCUAAGCGAAUAACAAAAAGAUCGAUAACUUCUAGUUUAGCAAAAAUAUUCGAUCCCUUGGGUAUUUUGGGUCCAGUGUUAGUAACAGCAAAAAUACUAAUUCAAGAUCUGUGGCAACUCAACUUAUCAUGGGACGAAGCUGUGCCGAGUGAAGUACAUACCAGAUGGAUUAAUUUCUGUGACGAGUUAAGGUCAUUGCACCAUUUUCAGAUAGAUAGGCAUAUUUUUGGACAGCAGAUUGCUUCAUCGGUGCAACUCCAUGCAUUUUGUGACGCUUCCGAAAAGGCUUAUGGAGCAGCUAUAUACAUUCGAGCAACACUGAAAGAUGAACGCUUGAUCAAUCGACUGCUAUGCUCUAAAUCUCGGGUCGCUCCAAUCAAAAAGCAAACCAUUCCACGCUUAGAAUUGUGCGCUGCUCUUCUAGGAGUCACAUUAAUGAAUAGGGUAAAGGGCGAUUUAAAUCAUAAGACAGAAUCAUAUUACUGGACUGAUUCUGAAAUUGUACUCUACUGGAUUAAUUCAUUGCCAGCAAAACAUCAACAAUUUGUAGCAAACAGGACUGCGGCAAUUCAAGACUUAUCCGCACCAAGUCAGUGGCGACAUGUAAGUUCAAGACUAAACCCAGCAGAUGCCUUAUCACGCGGCAUCAAACCAUCCCAAUUGCAAACUCAUAAUUUAUGGUUCUAUGGUCCUAUGUUUCUACAUGGUCGUGAAGAUAUGUGGCCAGAAGAAUUUAAUAAAGCCCUAUGCAAUCAGCCAGACAACGCCGAGUUAAAAAAAACUUCGCAGAAAGUGAUGCUAACAGCAACCGAAGAUGAUACUGAAUGGAUAUACAAGGUAAACCACAGAAAUUCUUUUAACACAUUGCUUCACAUUGUUGGUUAUGUGCUACGGUUCAUAAGGCGUAUUAAGCGACUUCAAUUUAAUAAUCAUACCAAUGAAUUACAUCCGGAAGAGUUAGAAGAAUCACUUAGGUACAUCGUGAAAUGCAUUCAGGCAGCUGAAUUCAAGGAAGAAGUAAUUCAUUUAAAGCAUCGCAAACUGGUAAAAGCAUCUAGCUCGUUAGCUGCAUUGACGCCGUUUUUAGAUAAAUAUGAUAUCGUUCGGGUCGGAGGAAGAUUAGACGCAUCAAAUCUAACAUAUAAUGCUAAACAUCAAAUGCUCCUUCCAUACAAUGACUGCAUAGUUAAGCUAUUAAUGAAGAAAAUUCACGAAGAAAACAUGCAUUGCGGUGGCCAAGCAUUAUUGGCAGCGACACGGCAAAAAUUUUGGCCGAUCAAGGGGAAGGUAAUGGCACGGUCCAUCGUGCAACACUGUAUUCGUUGUACAAGGUGUAGACCUGUAACUUUCAAUCAAAUCAUGGGAAAUCUUCCACAUGCUCGAGUCCAUCCAAGUAGACCAUUUCUUAACACGGGAGUCGAUUUUUGUGGACCAAUUUGGGUACACUACAAAGUAAGAGGAAAGCGACCGCACAAGGCAUAUAUUGCUGUUUUCUGUUGUUUUGCCACCAAGGCAGUACAUUUGGAGCUGGUAAGUGACCUAACUACCGACGCAUUUAUUGGAUCAGUUAAACGUUUUGUUGCGAGGCGUGGGCAUUGCCAAAAUCUAUUUUGUGACAAUGCAACUAAUUUUGUUGGAGCCAAUAACAAACUGAAUGAACUAGUAGAACUAAUUUACUCAAAAAAAUCAGGAGAAGUAAUUGAAAGAGCGUGCAGCAAAAAAGGUAUUAAAUUUAACUUCAUUCCUCCUCGUACGCCUCACUUCGGAGGACUCUGGGAAGCAGCAGUGAAGUCGGCGAAACAUUUACUUGUGCGCAGCGUUGCCACAGAAUCCUUAACGUACGAAGAGUUAAAAACAGUUGUUAUUGAAAUAGAGGCGAUUUUAAAUUCAAGACCGAUUACUCCAAUGUCGAAUGAUCCAAAUGACUUUGAAGCACUUACGCCAGGCCACUUUCUAAUUGGUGAAGCUCUUACAGCACCAGCAAGUACAACCACAACAAAUUUAAAGACAUCAUUACUAACGAGGUGGAAAUUGGUGUCCCACAUAAAACAUGAAUUCUGGAGACGGUGGAACUCUGAAUAUCUAAAUAAGCUACAAUACCGACAUAAAUGGCGAGAAGAAUGCAAAAAUUUGCAAGAAAACACUUUAGUCAUCAUGAAGGAUGGAAAUUUACCUCCUCUUCAGUGGGCAUUGGGUCGAGUAACCAACAUACAUAAGGGUACUGACGGAAUGGUACGUGUGGUCGAUGUUAAAACAGCAUCAGGUAUUGUGAGACGUGCCAUACAUAAUUUGGCUCCACUUUUUUCUGAAACCAACGACAGUGAAGAUGACAAGAUACCACCAAUACAACCAAAAGAAGCAACAAAGCAACAACUGACAGCAUCGAAAAGGCCUAUACAGGUACCAAAUUCAUCGGUUAGUAGUAUCAAUCAUUUUGGACGCAAUUCGAAGGUAUCCAAACGAUCGAGCAACUGCUGA